AACCUUGAAGAGGAUGGAGGUGACUCAGGAAUCCCAGGCUACUGAGUCUGGGGAGUUUCGGGCGCUGAAACCAUGCCUGCUGCGUCGCAACCACAGCCGCGAACAGCAUGGCGUGGCAGCCUCUUGCCUUGAGGAGCUGAGGAGCAAGGCUUGUGACAUUCUGGCCAUUGAUCAGUCCCUGGCACCAAUCACAUUGGUUCUAGCAGAGGAUGGCACCAUAGUGGCUGAUGAUGAUUACUUUUGGUGUCUGCCUUCCAACACUAAGUUUGUGGCAUUGUCCGCUAAUGAGAAGUGGGUCUACAGCAAUUCAGAUGGAGGUACAGCUUGGAUUUCCCAAGAGUCCUUUGAUGUAGAUGAAACAGACAGUGGGGCAGGACUGAAGUGGAAGAAUGUGGCCAAGCAGCUGAAAGAAGAUCUUUCCAGCAUUAUCCUCCUGUCAGAGGAGGACCUCCAGGUGCUUAUCGAUGUCCCGUGUUCAGAGCUGGCUCUGGAACUCAGCCAAAGCUGUGCGGCAGUCCAGAGGCUCCAGAACACCGUCCAGCAGGUGCUUGACCACAGAGAGGAAGCCCGUCAGUCCAAACAACUCCUGGAGCUUUACCUGCAGGCUUUGGAGAAGGAGGGCAGCAUCUUGUCAAAGCAGGAAGAGUCCAAAGCUGGGUUUGUUGAAGACAUGGAUGCAGUUGACACAGGCAGUAGCCGAGAGACAGUCUCCAGAACUGCACUCACCAGCCAAGUCCUCACUGCACUGAAGGAGAAGCCUGCUCCGGAACUGAGCUUAUCGAGUCAGGAUUUGGAGUUGGUUACCCAGGAAGACCCCAAAGCAUUGGCUGUUACUUUGAAUUGGGACAUAAAGAAAACUGAAACUGUUCAACAAGCCUGUGAGCAGGAGCUCAACCUACGUCUGCAGCAGAUACAGAGCUUGCACUCUCUCAGGAGGGUGACAGCCAGGAAGACCCCACCGCCUGAACAGCUGCUGAGUCCCAAACGAGCCAAGCAAGACCCCACCUAG